AUGCCCUCCAAACCCCAAAUCUACUCCCACGCCCUCCACCCCUCCUCCCCAUCAAGCAAAACCACAAUCUCCAACGCCCUCGCCCUCCUCCGCCCGUACCUCCCCACGAGCAUCCCCCUCUACCGCCGCCUGCAAUUCGGGCGUUUCUUCCCCGACAGCAGACUUCUCACAAACCUGCCAAACCUCGAACGUCGACCUGGUGAAGGAGAUGAAUGGAUCCUCACCUUCAUCGACCGAACGCCCCGCCCGGAGACGGAGUGUUGGAUUUUCGCUUCUUGGGAGACCUCACCAUCACCAUCAACACCACAAAACGAGGGUAUCCAAAACGCUUUAAUGACAUCCCUCUUCCACAAAAUCCGCUCCCUUCCCCUCCCCCCCUCCAUCCACUCGCAAAGCCUCCUAACCAACGACGCCGAAAAAGACCACACCAACACCUCCCGCGCCGACUACGCCGCGCACAUUCAAUCGCCCGACAUCCUCCUCUGCGGCGCCGUGCACGAGGCGAUCAUCCCCGCCCUGCAACGCACGGGUCUGAUCAAGCAAGUCUUCCUCGCGGGGUUGGUGCCCAACCACGCGUUUGUUUUCCGCUUGGACGAGGAGCCUUUGAGGGUGUUGCUCGAGAGGGAUGGGGAGGUGGAGGGUUUGCCGGAGGGGUUGAGGUGGGGGGAGUUGGAGGGGAGGCAUUUUGGGCUUGUGAGGUCCAGGACGCAGAUUCCGAGGCAGGAAGCGACGUUGGCUGUGCUGCCGAAUGUGGGGAUUUUUCCUUCUACGAAUGAUGGGGAGGGGGAUGGGGAGCCUGUAGCGUGGGCGUUUGUGGGUGUGGAUGGAUCGCUUUCUACGUUGCAUGUUGAGCCGGAGUGGCGUGGGAAAGGACUGGCGAAGCGGGUCACGGCGAAGUUGUUUGGGGAUAAGAUGGGGAGGUUUUGGGAGGAUGGGGUGCCGCGGUUUGCGCACGACUAUGUCAUCAAGGGAAAUACGGCGAGUGUCGGCGUUGGGAGCAGUAUUGGGGGCAGGAGUGAUUGGGAUGUAUAUUGGGUCAGGGUCGAUCUGAGUGUGAUUGGGAAUUGA